CACCACAACUCCCAGCCUGCCCCGCGGCCCCAGGCCGCCGCCGCGGAUUGGCUGGGGCGCUGGGGAAUUCCCCGGGCCCCGAACUCCCGUCCCUGGGCGCCCCGGAGCCAGCGGCGCCGGCCCGGGCAUGGCAGCGGCGCCCCGCGAGCCGCGGGGUUAGGGCGGGUCGCACAGCGAUGGCGGAGCCGCAGCAGCGGGCGGGGCCGGGCCCGGGGCCGGGGCCGGGGGAGGCCAAGCGGCCGGAGGCGGGCGAGGACUGGUGCGACAGCGGCCUGGGCUCCCUGAGCGAGGGGCAGCUCAGCCAGAUCCAGGAGGGCCUGGGGGCCCCCCACCCCCCUACUGCCGUCAGCGUGACCUCUGACCCCUGCCCCGGGGGUCGCCCCGUGACCUCUGACCCCUGCCCCGGGGGUCGCCCCGUGACCUCUGACCCCGGUGGCCCCAAGACCCCCGACUCCUGCGGGUCGGGCUCGGAGCGCCUGGACUCUGCCCUCGGCGACUCCCUGGGCGAGGACGAAGCCGGCUGGGGGGCGGCCGUGGGGCAGGAGGUGGGGGCGAUCACCCAGGGCGUGGAGGCCGUGCGGCUCGGGGAGACGCCCGCGGUGGCCCCCGAGGCCUGGCUGCACCACGUCCUGGGCUUCGUGACCGAGGACGGGGAUACAGCCCUCCACCUGGCAGUGAUUCAUGAGCAUGAAGCCUUUCUGGAUUCUAUCCUGCAGUAUAUGGCUAGGACGGAAUACUUGGAUCUGCAGAACGACCUGGGCCAGACGGCACUGCAUAUUGCAGUCAUCCUCGGCGCCUCCAACUUUGUCCGCAAGCUGAUGGCAGCCGGGGCGGGGCUCUGCGUGCAGGAGAGAGCUGGCCACACAGCGCUGCACCUGGCAUGCCGGGAGGGCUGGCGGGACUGCGCACAGUGCCUCCUGGCAGCGCUGAGCGGGCACUGGCCCGGCAAGGGGAAUGACGCCUGCGCUCAGUUGGACUGCACCAAUUAUGAUGGUUACACGCCGCUGCACGUGGCUGUCCUGCAGAAGGACCUCGAAGUGGUCAAGCUCCUUGUGGAUGCCGGAGCCGAUCUCAACAAGGCGGAGCUGAGCUGUGGGCGGAGUCCCCUCCACUUGGCAGUGGAGUCGCAGAGCCCGGAAGUGGUGGAGUGCCUGCUGCGCGCCGGUGCGGACCCGAGGGCCCGGAUGAGCGCCGGUUACACCCCCAUCUAUAGCGCCGUGCACAGGCCCAGCCAGAAGAUCUUGCAGCUGCUCCGGGAGUUCGGCUCGGAGGAGCCCGACUGGGACUCGGAGGAGAGCCCGGCUGACAGCAGCGACGAGGACUACGACGACAUCGUCAUCAACCGUGGACACUAUAAGAACUGACGGGGCUGGGCCGGCAUCGCCUGCAGCGUGAGCCGUUCCCCCAUCUCCAUAAGACUCGCAUCCUGCCCUGCCGCUGUGGGAAUAAAUUUGGCAGUGGUGCAGUCUCUCCGUUCCCAGCUAGUUCCAAUUAUUUAUCCAAAAGCUGCAGUCUCUGGCUGUUACUUGGAACCAGUAGCUAAAAUUCACCAGAGCUUUGAUCUAA